CACGUUGCCGCACCACUAAAACCAGCCUGUUCCUCGUUGCAUCCAAGCCCUACCAAGCCAAAAAAUUAAAAAUAAUGAUUUUUUUUACUCUGGUUUUCUAAUCUAUAAGAGUCCCACAAAAGACUGAAAACGGGGAUUGCUCUCUCCUUUCUCCAUACUCAAUUGACAGUGAAGAAAAAGAGGACUGGUGUUAAUUCCCUGCUUGGCUUCUCUCCUGGCUUGCGAGGGGGGUCUCGAGCCUGCAGAUCUCAAUUUUACCCCUUCGCUGUAAGAGGUGUCUCAGAAAUUCGGUUACCCUCAAAAAGUAGCGGUUUCGAAAUGGCGGCUCCGCCGGCUAGAGCUCGUGCUGACUAUGAUUACCUUAUCAAACUGCUUCUCAUCGGCGACAGCGGCGUGGGAAAAAGUUGCUUACUGCUGCGUUUCUCAGAUGAUUCUUUUACCACAAGUUUCAUCACAACAAUCGGGAUUGACUUUAAGAUACGGACAGUUGAACUUGAUGGGAAGCGCAUCAAAUUGCAAAUAUGGGAUACUGCUGGACAAGAACGUUUUAGGACAAUUACAACAGCUUAUUACAGGGGAGCCAUGGGCAUAUUGCUGGUUUAUGAUGUAACAGAUGAGUCCUCUUUCAAUAACAUCAGGAACUGGAUCAGGAACAUCGAGCAGCAUGCCUCAGAUAACGUCAACAAAAUAUUAGUUGGCAAUAAAGCUGACAUGGAUGAAAGCAAAAGAGCUGUCCCUACAUCAAAAGGUCAGGCAUUAGCUGAUGAAUAUGGUAUCAAAUUUUUUGAGACGAGUGCAAAGACAAACUUCAAUGUGGAGCAGGUCUUCUUUUCAAUUGCAAGAGACAUAAAGCAAAGACUUUCUGAAACUGACGCAAAACAAGAGCCUCAGACCAUCAAGAUCAGUAAACCGGAUACUGCAAAAGGUUCUGGCGCAACUGCUCCAGAAAAAUCAGCAUGCUGCGGUUCUUGAUCCAAUAUAAGUAGGAUGACUGUUCGGCUGCCACAUGCAUGCAUUAUUUAUCUGCACCGCGGAAGUUGUGCCAGUUAGCCGAAGAAGCCAGUUGGUUAUUCAGAUAAAAAGAUAUGUGGGAGAACUUUUAAACGCUUUAUGUGAUUUAUUAUGUACCUGACCUGGAGCCUGAAAAAGUUAUUAGGAUCUGAGUAUGGCACAUUACAUCGUGUUGCCAACAGUCAGUUAUUACUUGGUAAGUAGUCAUAGCUGCUUGGAAUUCUAGAUUUUUCUUCCCAGUCAUGUUUGGCCUGCAAUUAUUUAUAAUAGACCAGAGAAUUUCCAGCGGUUCAGCAUAUUGCUUUUCCUCAAAAGCAUUGAAAUAAUGGAAAAAUUCUUAUUAGCUA